AUGACAAUAAUAACCUACUUUUUUUCAAUAGCUAGCCAAUCUCCAAAAAAAUUUAUUCUAAUUUUUAUUAAAAAACCACUUAUUCUAAUAACUCCCAACAACGCAAACACAAAUUAUAUUAGGAAAAAAUCUUUUUAUGUGUAAAUUAAUAAAUUAGUGAUUUUAAAAAGCAAAUAGAAGAAGAGAAAACAAUUAGCAGUAACCAAGAAAAGUGUUUCAAACCCUACAUAUAAAAAAAUUUAACAUAUGCGAUUUGAAAAACAAGUACAUAAAAAAAAAUUAAUUUAUAAUCUCAAAUUUUACAGGCUAAAAAACAAAUAUUAUUCAAUAUCCUUAAAGCUGCUUAAGAAAGAGUUUGAUUCAAUAGAAUUCCUCAAGAGGUUGAUAAGAAUCUCUGGUUGA